AUGGAGUCAAAAACAAGAAAUCUAGAUCAAAUAACUAGUCUCAUAGGAAAAUAUCUUUUAACUGGAUGGGUAUUAACAGAUAAAGUUUGUGAAACUCCAACUUGUGAAAUACCGUUACUUCGCUCUAAAGAUAGUUCUGUAUGGUUUUGUGUAUUUUGUAAUGAACUUGAGAAAUCACGAGUAACAUCACCACCACCACAAUUAGAAAUAGAACAACAACAAAUUUCUACUGAUAUGGAAAUAAAUGAAAAUGAUAUUCAAGAUAUUUUAACAAAAGCUGCUUCACAAUUGAUUAGUAAAUAUUUAUUAAUGGGAUGGGCAUUAAUUGAUGAAAUUUGUCAUAAUGAUAAAUGUUUUGAUGUAUUAGAGAUUAAAGAUAUAUGUGAUACGAUAAAGAGUUGUGCUCAAGCUUUGGAAUCCGUGAUGUCUUUAGAAAGAAAGAUGUGA